AGGCGAUGAUGAAAAUUUCACAAAACUAUAAAAUCUGUAAAUUAAUUAAUGGUUUACUGAAAAUUCGUAAAAUUUUUCUAACAGUGUUCUUCAAGUAUUCGUUCUGAUGGGAAUUUAGCCCAAGUUUCUGCAACCCAACACCAAAGACUCCGGCCUCUUGGGGAGACGAGAGUAAGUGACAGAAAGAGAGAGAAGCUAGAGAGAGAAAAUCAUCUUCUGAUUCUAGAGAGAGAAAAACCGCAGCGCAGGUAUGUAUAUUUAGAGAGAGAAAGAGAAAGAUAGAGAGAUAGAGAGAGAGAGAGAGAGAGAGAGGUUGUGUGAGCGAAACCGAAACUAUUUCUAGUGGGAGAGAGUAUUAUGGGAAGCACCUUUUUCUCUCUACCAGCGAAGCGUUCCCUAUCGACGACAAUGUCUUCUGAUUCCAACCCCAACUUCGAAAAGGGACCCUCCAAGCGCUCCAGGCCCCCUCCUCCCCUCAGCGUCCCUCCCGCCCACGUCGCCUUCCGCAUGCUCUGCCACGCCUCGCGCAUCGGCGGCGUCAUCGGAAAGUCCGGUAGCGUGAUCAAGCAGCUCCAGCAAGCCACCGGAGCCAAGAUCCGAAUCGAAGAACCCCAUGUCGAAUCCCCUGACCGGGUCGUCGUGGUUAUCGCUCCUAGCAAAAUCGGCUCCAAGAUUUGGCUGAGAACUCCAGUUCUAAACAAUGUCUAUAACGGUGGCGGCGGUGGUUUUGAAGAGGAGAUUGAGGUUUCCAAGGCGCAGGAGGCGCUUCUGAGAGUGUUCGAGAGGAUUCUGGAAGUUGCGGCGGAGACGGGGGCGAUUGCGGCGGGGGUUGGGGUGGUUUCGUGCCGGGUUUUGGCGGAGGCGGCGCAGGUCGGGUCAGUGAUAGGGAAGGGGGGGAAGGUGGUAGAGAAGAUUAGGAAAGAAACUGGGUGUAAAAUUAGGGUUUUGAAUGAGAAGCUACCUGCUUGUGCUGCUGCCACUGACGAGAUGAUCGAGAUAGAAGGGGAUAUUUUGGCUGUAAAGAAAGCACUUAUUGCUGUUUCUGGCUGUCUUCAAGAAUGUCCACCAGUUGACAAGACAAGGAUGAGUGUAAGCAGGCCUGAGGCAGUUCCUCGUGAGACUCUACCUGAUCUGCGUUUAGAUCAUCUUUCACAGAGGAACUCAAUGCUUAAUUUGCCAAGCAACUCCAUGAGUUAUGUUUCAGGAGUUCAUCCAUCAUCAAGAGAGGCUGAAAGGAUCCCCACACUUGAGACAAAACAACAGGAAGUUUCUUUCAGGAUUCUUUGUGCCAAUGAUAGGAUUGGUGGUGUAAUUGGAAGGGGGGGUUCCAUUGUUAGGGCUCUUCAAAAUGAGACAGGUGCUGCAAUAAGUGUUGCUGCCUCUGUGGCUGAGUGCGAUGAACGAUUAAUUACUGUUUCUGCAUCGGAGAAUCCUGAAUCAAGGUACUCGCCAGCACAAAAGGCUGCUGUUCUUGUCUUCUCAAGGUCCGUAGAGGCAGGCAUUGAAAAGGGGCGAGACUCAAGCUCAAAUAAAGGGUCACCCCUUACUGCACGGCUUGUAGUUUCAUCAAACCAAGUUGGUUGUUUGCUGGGAAAAGGGGGUGUAAUAGUUUCAGAGAUCCGGAAGGCAACUGGCAGGUUACGAAUAGUAGGGGGUGACCAGGUCCCCAAGUGUGCCUUAGAGAAUGAUGAAGUUGUACAGAUUUCAGGGGAUUUUUCAAAUGUGCAAGAUGCUUUGUACAAUAUUACUGGUAGGUUACGAGAUAACCUUUUCUCCAGCACAGUAAGUAAUCCUGGAAGAAGGAGCAAUUCAUCCAUGUUAACCGAUACAAGUCCUUAUGGAAGACUCAAGGAUCCGAAUCCUAUUGGAUAUCAGCCAUCAUCAUCGGUUGGUAUUACUUGUGGUCUGAGCCGUCAUUCAACACUAAUUCAAAAUAUGGAUCAUCUUGGUCUUUCCCAUAGUUUAGAUCAUCCUUCCCCACCAAGACCAUGGGCAUCACAGAUGUCAGCUUUCACAGAUGUUGGAAGGGGUCUGACUUCUUUAAAAAGUGGCACAGAUAUUGGCAGCAGCGGGAGCAAAUCUGCCAUUGUGACAAAUACAACUGUAGAGAUCAUAGUUCCUGAAAAUGUUAUUGGCUCUGUGUAUGGAGAGAAUGGUGCCAAUUUGGCUCGUCUGAGACAGAUUUCUAGUGCCAAGGUCAUAGUGCAUGAGCCCCGUCCUGGAACAACUGACAGGAUUAUUGUCAUAUCUGGGACACCUGAUGAAACCCAGGCAGCACAGAGCCUUCUACAUGCAUUCAUUCUUACUGGACCAUCAUGACAAAUAGUUUGUCUGUGAGACAUGUUUGCAGGAGGAGAUUCCAGCAGGUUGUUUGGUAACCAAUUGGGUUUUGAUUUUGUCAAAUACUGUACGCUAGGUAGGAAGAUUCAUCCUUCAGGGUUCCUUUUUAACGCCGAUCCGGAGCUAAGCGACGUAAAUUUUGCUCUAUCGGCUUUGUCAUUAUGUUGAAUGGAGAAGAGUCCUGCCAUGAUUUACUAUGUAUUCUUCAGAAACAAUGUGGAAAGAGUUUGACAAAGAGAGCCUUUGCCUGGUUACCUCCGUCUUUUAAAGAAUUAAUCUUUUUUGCUCCAUGUAAAUUUUAUUGUAAUGUGGCACUUCAGAAAGAGAAAAAAAAAUGUGUUUCAAUUACUCUGUGAAAGUUAACAAGGUGAUGUGUUGAUGUCUAUAA